AUGAUUUCCAUCAUUUUUCGUUGGAUUGACCUCUCUACGACAAUUAUAGACCAGUCUAAUAAGCUUGUUUUAGUGAUACCUCCUUUGUGCCUAGUCAUACUGAUACUCAUUGUGUAUGUUUUCUUCAAAAAGCCUUUGCAAGUUUUCUUAGUAGACAUUGCUUGUUAUAAACCGCCAAGCAGUCUAAAGUGCUCCAAGGAACGUUUUAUGAAUCAAAUGAGGAGUUUUGUUGAUUCCCAUUUUGAUGAAGAGACGUUAGAAUUCAUGGAAAAACUUUUGGCUAGAUCAGGACUAGGCGACUCGACUUAUGGGCCGCCGGCCUUAUUGAGAGAUCCACCAGAGCCAUGCUUGGAGGCCGCAAGGAGCGAGGCAGAAAUGGUGAUGUUUGGCGCCAUAGAUGAGUUAUUGGCGAAAACGAAGAUAAAAUGUGAUCAAAUAGGCAUACUGGUGGUGAAUUGUUGCAUAUUCAAUGUGGCACCAUCUUUAUCUAGUAUGAUUGCCAAUAGGUACAAGUUUAGAGAUAACAUUUUGAGCUAUAAUCUUACUGGAAUGGGAUGCGGUGCUGGACUCAGAGCUAUAGGACUCGCCCGACAACUCCUUCAGUCGAUCGCUGAUACUAAUUCUUUAUUCAUUGUCUUCAUUAGGUGCAUCGACACACAUACAUCUUGGUAG